CCGCGGAGAAUAACGGGGCCGGGUUGCAGGAGAAAGGAAACCUGCCCGGGACGCGGCGGCGGCCGGGACGGAGCGAGGGACUAGAGUUCACUUUUGCUCGGGUGUGAGCGCGCGGCGGCCGCAACGAGCGCCGACCGGGGAGCAUCGAGCGAGCGGGCCGCCCAUCUCGGGGCGACCGAGGGAGGGCAGCGAGAGGCCGGACACGAGCGCCCCGGAGGGGCGCGGAGCCGGCGAGCCUGGCCAGCGAGCGGAGCCGCGGGGGGCGCGCCUCGGGCGGGCCCCCAGAGCCGCGCAGGAUGCCCCACGAGGAGUUGCCGUCCCUGCAGAGACCCCGUUAUGGCUCUAUUGUGGAUGAUGAAAGGCUCUCCGCAGAAGAGAUGGAUGAGAGGAGGCGGCAGAACAUUGCUUAUGAAUAUCUGUGCCACCUAGAGGAAGCCAAAAGGUGGAUGGAAGUCUGCUUAGUUGAAGAAUUGCCACCAACCACUGAACUGGAAGAAGGGCUCCGGAAUGGGGUUUACCUUGCCAAGUUAGCCAAGUUCUUUGCCCCAAAAAUGGUAUCAGAGAAAAAAAUCUAUGAUGUGGAACAAACGCGUUAUAAGAAGUCCGGCCUUCAUUUUCGACACACGGAUAAUACGGUCCAGUGGUUAAGAGCAAUGGAGUCUAUUGGUCUACCCAAGAUAUUUUAUCCAGAAACAACAGAUGUCUAUGACCGGAAAAACAUACCCAGAAUGAUAUACUGCAUUCAUGCGUUGAGUUUAUACCUGUUCAAACUAGGGAUAGCGCCCCAGAUCCAGGAUUUGUUGGGCAAAGUAGACUUCACAGAGGAGGAAAUUAGUAAUAUGAGAAAGGAACUUGAGAAAUACGGAAUUCAGAUGCCAUCUUUCAGCAAAAUAGGCGGGAUUCUGGCUAAUGAACUGUCAGUGGAUGAAGCUGCUCUGCACGCUGCAGUUAUAGCCAUUAAUGAAGCUAUUGAAAAAGGAAUAGCCGAACAAACCAUUAAAACGCUAAGAAACCCAAAUGCAGUUUUAACUUUAGUAGAUGACAGCCUUGCACAGGAAUACCAGAAGGAACUCUGGGAAGCCAAGAAAAGGAAAGAGGAAAAUGCAAGACUGAAGAAUAACUGUAUUUCAGAAGAAGAAAGAGAUGCCUACGAAGAACUGCUGACUCAAGCAGAAAUCCAAGGCAACAUCAAUAAAGUCAACAGGCUGGCUGCCGUGGACCACAUCAAUGCCGUCAUUCGGGAAGGCGACCCCGGGAACACGCUGCUUGCACUGAAGAGACCGGAGGCCCAGCUGCCUGCUGUUUAUCCCUUUGCUGCUGUGAUGUAUCAGAAUGAGCUUUUCAACCUCCAGAAACAGAAUGCCAUGAACUACUUGGCCCAUGAGGAGCUCCUGAUUGCAGUGGAAAUGCUGUCUGCUGUUGCUUUACUAAACCAGGCCUUGGGAAACAGUGAUCUUGUGUCUGCACAGAAUCAACUCAGAAGCCCAACAAUAGGCCUCAACAAUCUGGAUGAGUCAUAUGUAGAACGUUACACAAAUGCACUACUCACCUUUAAACUGGAAGCUUUAUCCCAAGGACAAGAGAACUUAAGCUGGAAUGAAAUUCAGAAUUGUAUUGAUAUAGUUAAUAUGGAAAUUCAAGAAGAAAAUGACCGAAUUGUAGCUGUGGGACACAUCAAUGAAGCUAUUGACGAAGGGAAUCCUUUGAAAACUUUAGACACUCUGCUGUUACCAACUGCUAAGAUUAAAAAUGUGGACCCAGACUACGCCCAGCACUACCAGGAUGUUUUAUAUCACGCUAAAUCACAGAAACUCAUGGACCCUGAGAGUGUUUCCAAAGUUCUUUGGCUGGAUGAAAUACAGGAUGCAGUCAAUGAGGCCAACAUGGACAACGACAAAACAAAACAAUGGGUCACACUGGUCAUUGAUGUUAAUCAGUGUCUGGAGAAAGAAAAGCCAAGUGAUAUUCUGUCUGUUUUAAAGUCUUCUAUGUCUAACACAAAUGAUGUAAUCCCUGAAUGUGCUGACAAGUACUACGAUGCCCUUGCAAAGGCAAAAGAGAACAAAUCUGAAAGUGUGUCUACUGAAGGUUCCUGGCUCAAAUUCAGCCUGCAGGAUAAAUAUGAGUACUACUACAACAUCGAUUCAAAGGAGAGUUCCUGGGUCACACCUGAACCAUACUUGCCUAAAGAAUCAUGGCUCACGAAAAAAGAAAUUGAGGACAUUGUUGAGAAAGUCACAACAGAUUAUGUCCGUGAGAAGGUGUGGUCUGCGUCUGGUGAUUUGCUUCUUCGCCUUCAAGCCACAAGUGCAGGAUCCCUUCUUAAGAAAGAGUACGAAGCUAGGAAAUCAUAUUUGUAUGAACAAGAAAAGCAUGUGGCCAAAAUACAGGCUUUUUGGAAGGGAUGUAAACAACAGAAAGCAUAUUUGCGCAGGCGGCAAAUGUUGAUUAAUAAUGUUGAUUCUAUUGUGAAGAUUCAGUCCUGGUUCCGGAUGGUAGUCGCACGGAGGAAUUACCUUGCACGACUGCAGUAUUUCAGAGAUCAUAAAAAUGAAAUUGUGAAAAUACAGUCCCUACUGAGAGCAAACAAAGCUAGAGAUGACUACAAAACAUUGGUUGGCUCUGAAAACCCACCAUUAACGGUAAUCCGAAAAUUUGUACACCUACUGGACCAAAGUAACUUGGAUUUUCAGGAGGAGCUGGAGGUCGCACGGUUAAGGGAAGAAGUGGUGACCAAGAUCCGAGCCAAUCAACAGCUCGAGAAAGACCUGAACUUGAUGGACAUCAAGAUUGGGCUCCUGGUGAAGAACAGGAUAACACUGGAGGAUGUAAUUUCACAUAGAACGAAGCUGAAUAAGAAAAAAGGUGGAGAAAUGCAAAUACUGAAUAACACUGACAACCAGGGAAUUAAAAGUUUGAGUAAAGAGAGGAGAAAAACACUAGAAACCUACCAGCAGCUGUUUUAUCUUUUACAGACCAAUCCUUCAUACCUGGCCAAGCUGAUUUUCCAGAUGCCACAAAAUAAGUCAACUAAAUUUAUGGACACUGUUAUUUUCACACUAUACAAUUAUGCUUCCAAUCAGCGAGAAGAGUAUCUACUCCUCAAGCUUUUCAAGACUGCUCUGGAGGAAGAAAUAAAAUCAAAGGUGGAUCAGGUGCAGGACAUAGUGACUGGGAACCCCACGGUCAUCAAGAUGGUUGUGAGCUUCAACAGGGGUGCCCGGGGACAGAACACGCUGCGCCAGCUCCUGGCUCCGGUGGUGAAAGAGAUCCUGGACGACAAGUCCUUGGCCAUCAACACGAGCCCUGUAGAGGUGUACAAGGCUUGGGUGAACCAACUGGAAACACAGACUGGAGAAGCCAGCAAGCUGCCUUAUGAUGUGACCACUGAACAAGCUCUAACAUACCCAGAAGUGAAAAACAAACUGGAGGCAUCCAUUGAGAACCUGAGACGGGUCACCGACAAAGUCCUCAACUCUAUUAUUUCUUCCCUUGAUCUUUUGCCUUAUGGAUUGAGGUAUAUAGCGAAAGUACUGAAGAAUUCGAUCCAUGAGAAAUUUCCUGAUGCCACAGAAGAUGAGCUAUUAAAGAUUGUGGGGAACCUCCUGUACUACCGGUACAUGAACCCAGCUAUCGUGGCUCCUGACGGCUUCGAUAUCAUCGACAUGACCGCCGGAGGUCAGAUCAAUCCCGACCAAAGGAGAAACUUGGGGUCAGUGGCCAAAGUCCUUCAGCAUGCGGCCUCCAACAAGCUGUUCGAAGGAGAGAACGAGCAUCUCUCCUCUAUGAACAAUUAUUUAUCAGAGACGUAUCAAGCUUUCAGGAAAUACUUCAAAGAAGCCUGUAAUGUCCCUGAGCCAGAAGAAAAGUUUAAUAUGGAUAAAUACACAGAUGUGGUGACAGUCAGCAAACCCGUCAUUUAUAUUUCAAUUGAAGAAAUCAUCAGCACACAUUCACUCCUGUUGGAACACCAGGAGGCGAUUGCAGCUGAUAAACAGGACUUGCUGAAUGAACUACUGGAAUCGCUGGGAGAGGUACCUAGUGUGGAGUCCUUUCUUGGGGAAGGAGCAGUUGACCCCAAUGACCCUAACAAAGCAAAUACACUAAAUCAACUCUCAAAGAUCGAGAUUUCCCUUUAUUUGACAAGCAAGUAUGACCUAGGGGAUGGCGAAGCUAUAGAUGGCCAAAGCCUCAUGAUAAAGACCAAGAAGCUGAUAAUUGAUGUGAUCCGGAACCAGCCAGGGAACACAUUGCCAGAAAUCUUGGAGACACCAGCAACGACACAACAGGAGACAGAUCAUGCCAGAGAUAUGGUAAGCCGAGCAAUUAUAGAUUCCCAGGCUCCAGAAGAAAUGAAGCAUAGUCAGUCUAUGGUUGAAGAUGCACAGCUACCCCUGGAGCAGAAGAAGAGGAAAAUCCAGAGGAACCUCAGGACAUUGGAACAAACUGGACACGUGUCAUCCAAGAAUAAAUACCAAGACAUUCUCAAUGAGAUUGCCAAGGACAUUCGAAAUCAAAGAAUACAUCGUAAGCUUCGGAAAGCUGAGUUAGCCAAACUUCAGCAGACCCUGAAGGCACUUAAUGAGAAGGCAGCAUUUUAUGAAGACCAGAUUAAUUAUUAUGACACCUACAUAAAGACUUGUUUAGACAACUUAAAGAGAAGAAAUUCUCGAAGAUCAAUUAAACUAGAUGGGAAAGGAGAACCCAAAGGGGCGAAGAGAUCUAAGCCGGUGAGGUACACGGCAGCAAAGCUGCAUGAGAAGGGUGUCCUCCUGGGGAUAGAUGACCUUCAGACAAACCAGUUUAAAAAUGUUACAUUUGAUAUCAUAUCUACUGAAGAUGUGGGCAUCUUUGAUGUCAGAUCAAAAUUCCUUGGUGUUGAGAUGGAAAAGGUACAGCUCAAUAUUCAGGAUUUACUUCAGAUGCAGUAUGAAGGAGUAGCUGUAAUGAAAAUGUUUGAUAAGGUUAAAGUCAAUGUGAACCUUCUCAUAUACCUGCUGAACAAGAAAUUCUACGGAAAGUGAAGUGCCUACAGAAACUUCAUGGAAUCCGUAUCAUCUGGAUUAAGAAAUGAAUCUGUUUAAUAUUUUUGUGGUUAAACAUGAUUGAAAUCACUGCUUAUAAAUGUGUGAUUUUU